AUGACUGCUGAACUAGAAAGCACAAACCUCGCCGGACUUCCAGACUGGUCAUAUCGUAUUAAUAAUAGAAACUUUUACCAACCGCAGCAGCAAACACCAAGUCAUCAGCAUACUCCUCAAUUAACUCAGUCACAACAGCCACCACAGCAAACUUCCCAAUCCCCAACUCAACAACAAACUCCAACUCCUCAACAGAUUCACCAACACUAUCAACACCCUCGAGCUGUAUUGCCACCGCUCAAUGUGCCUACUGUCACGAACCUUCCAAAUGCCUCGUCCGUUAAUAAUUUAAUGAAUUCACAACAGCAGCAACAAUCAUCGAAUGUCGAUGCAAAAAUUGUAACGACAUCCACCGCUGCCGUUAACAUCAAUUCAUCACUUGAUGCAUUCACAAAUCCUGCUCGAAAAAUGCCUAAUCCUCAAGAUUUGGUCGUAGAAACUCAUAUCCAAGGAAAACCUCCGUAUUCAUACGCAACUCUCAUCACAUAUGCAAUCACGAAUAGUCCUAACAAGCAACUGACCUUGAAUGAAAUUUACAACUGGGUAAUGGAGAAUUACCCUUACUACAAAACCGCCGGAACUGGUUGGAAGAACUCGAUUCGUCAUAAUUUAUCACUUAAUAAAACAUUCGUCCGAGUACCCCGUCCUAUCAAUGAACCAGGCAAAGGUUCUUAUUGGACAGUAGAUUUCCGUGCAGCCGAGGCAGAACAACAACAUCGAUCAAGAAGUCGCAACAAUCGAUCAUCAAGCGAUCCCACUCCAUAUCGACCAGAAUCCUCAUGGUAUGAUCCAAAUCGAAGAUUCCACCGUGAACCACCAAUGACAGCAGUGCCAGAAAUGGGAAAUCGACCAUACCAUCUAGCACCGGGCAUGGUCAACGAUUACAGUUUAAAUUACUCGCGAGCAAUACGCGCAAGGUACCCGCGCCCAAUGGGAUAUAUGCCACCACAAGGAAUUGAUAAUCAAGGUGCGAUUUCAACACAAGGCGCAGGAAUGCCCUAUGCAACUGGUGCCGGCAUUAGUAAUUUGACUGCUGUCACAAAUUAUGACAUCUCAUACGACCCCAAUUCAUUACACAAUUCAGCUGCCCAUGUCGAUCCUCAUCCUGGCACAUUUAACAGUUACGGUACUCAUCAAAUAUACUCCUCUCCAAUCCAAACUCACACUGAAUCCGCAAAUGGACAGGUCGGUCAUUCCUCAUUUCAAAAUCAUGCGAUGCAUUCUCAAGGUGUAAACGAAUACGAGAAUUUCAAUACCUAUCAUCAACAGACAACUACUGCAUCAAGUGAACCACGAUUCUAA